AUGAACUGGAUUUUACUAAAUGUAUUGCGCCAGGAUGCCUCCUAUUUUGACGAUCCAAGACAUAACACUGGAACAUUGACCGCCCGCCUCGCUUCGGAUGCACCCAACGUACAAGCGGCCAUCGAUCAACGUCUCGCUGAGGUCAUGCAAGGAGUCAGCGCACUUCUAGCUGGAGUAAUUAUUGCCUUUGUUUACGGAUGGAACGUUGCUCCUAUGGGAUUGGCUACAGCUCUUUUACUAGGGAAGUCAUGA